AUCAGUUUAACUAGAACUUUGAACCUUAAAACUUGGCAAACGGCAACAAUACGCAUAAAACGGAAACGAAAAAAAAUAUAUAAAAAAUUAAAUAAAAUAAAAUAUCAAAAAUUUUUGGUGAAACGGAAACAAAUUAUGUGUUACAAAAAAAUUUAAAUUUAGCAAAAAAUUUAAAACGUGAAAUCAAGUUUAAGAAAGUUGUUUAUUUAUGUGCUGGUGUGGGUGUCAAAAAAAGGAUAUUUGAAAACUUUUAAACACCAAUUAUGCAACAAAAGCACUUUAAAUGAAGACAGUGCAAUAAAAUUCAAUUAAAAAUUUAAUAAUUUACGCGUGUCUUGUACAUCAGCAAUGCAGCAAUAUUUAACAGCAACAUUAUUUAAAAUAAAAACCCAUCAACUAUUUUAUUGCCAAUUAGUAAAAUACUUAUUGACACUGGUCCAAUAAUUAAACAACGAAUAUUAAAAAAUAAAAAGGAGAAUUAAAUAUAAAAUCAUUGUAAAACAAGUGGUUGUACGUGUUUACACGUUUUUGUUCCUGGCUGCUCUGGCCAACAGAUUUUACACACACACUGACAAAUUGAUGGCUGACAAUUAAAAGCUUGACAAUUGAAUUUCAGAAUUUUAUUUUUCCCAGAAAAUUGCCAUUAAUUGCAGUUUGCAUUUGUAGUAAAAGUGCCUGUCGUCCUGUUUUGUCCUGUUCUGUCCGGUCUGUGUGUGUGUGUGUGAGGAACAUUUUAUUAUCAACGAAAUUCAUUUUAUACCGUCAAGUUGGAAGGAAAAAAACUUUUUACAGCAGUUAAUCAUUUUUUCACUGGUUCAACAUUUGCCAGGGAAAUUCGACAGCUAAUGACACGAACUACAUCCGUAAGUGUCGAUGACACUGCAGACGUAUUCUCAAACGUUGAUCAGAUAACUGGCAGUAACGAUGAUGCACAAACAGAUAUAUCACAUGCCAUUUCGGCGGCAGACAAUGAGCAAAGUACAUCGAUAGCGGCGUUACCCUCAGUAGAUCGUAUUUUGACAAAAACGCAAACAACAGCGCGACGGCGUUCGCCCAGACAACGCAAAAAACCCCAUUUACAUGAUAGUGGUGAAGAUGAGCGAACAAUAGCUGAUAUAACAACUAAAUCGAAUAAACGUCAUAAAGAUAGCAACUCUAAAACAGAAAUCAAUAGUCAACGAAGUCGUCGACCAAGAAAUCAACGAAAACAGAGAUAUACUUCUGAUCCAGAUACGGAUUCAUCAUGUGAUUUUACCACCACUAUUGCAGGACAACAACGUCAGAAUUAUUCAAAUGUCGUAACAAAUACUCGUGUCGCGUGUAUCAGAGAUUUCGCCGAGGAAAUCGUUUAUGAGGACAAUGGCAAUGAAGAGAAAGACUACUCUAGUGAUCGUGAUACAAAGCGAGGUGAUGGCGAAGAUGAAGAUGAGGAAUACGAUGAAGAGGACUAUGAUGAUGAAGAAGAGGAUGAUGAUGAUAAUGAAAAUGAGGAUGAUAUGGAAGAGGAGGAUGAGAAUUAUUUUGGAGAGACACCAUUAAAGGAACGUAAACGAAGUAAUACUUCAAGUACGGAGGGUGGUAGUUUACGAUUUACGCGUGAGAAACGUGUCAAACGCAAAUCGAAAAUACGUCAAUUCUCAACACAACGAACGUAUUCAAAUGAUUCGAAUGAGGGAGGUAGUGGCCGAAUCAUAUCUAAGGGACAAAUGAGAGAGUUUCGAGAAGCCUUCCGUUUAUUCGAUAAAGAUGGCGACGGUUGCAUAACCAAAGAGGAACUGGGAACAGUAAUGAGAUCUUUAGGUCAAUUUGCUCGAGUUGAAGAACUACAAGAAAUGUUGCAGGAAAUCGAUGUUGAUGGCGAUGGCAAUGUUAGUUUCGAGGAAUUUGUUGACAUCUUGUCAAAUAUGGCGUAUGAAGAUAAAUCGGGUCUUUCAUCUGCCGAUCAGGAAGAACGAGAAUUACGAGACGCAUUUCGUGUAUUUGAUAAACAUAAUCGUGGUUAUAUUACUGCUUCAGAUUUAAGAGCCGUUCUACAGUGUUUGGGAGAGGAUCUUGACGAGGAGGAGAUUGAGGAUAUGAUUAAAGAAGUGGAUGUCGAUGGCGAUGGUCGUAUAGAUUUCUAUGAAUUUGUACAUGCUUUGGGAGAGCCAGAGGAUUCACAGGAAAACGACGAAGAAGAAGAAAACACUACAUCACCAUUGCCAACACCAAAAUCCAAUGUUUCCAUAACGUACGAAUAAAUUUUAAUAAAAAAGAAGAAGAAAAAAAAAUUAUUCAAUUUUAAGCAAAACAAAAAACAACAAAACUUUUCUUUUUUUUUGCAUAAUAAUUGUAAUUUUCUAGGAAAUAGCAUGAAU